AUGCAUAACUUGGACUCAGAUAGUGAAGAUGAACUGCCUCCAGGGUGGGAAGAAAAAUCAACAGAAGAUGGAAAUGUUUAUUUCAUAAACACAUGUAAUAACAAAAUACAAUGGACUCAUCCGCGUACAGGACAUAAAAAGGUUAUUCCAAAAGACCUACCCUUUGGUUGGAGUAAAACAUUAGAUGACAAUGGUAAACCCAUAUAUAUUCACCAAGAAACUGGAAAUAAGACCCAAAUAGACCCAAGGCUAGCAUUUGCUAAAGAAGAAAAAAAACAUGUCCAUGACUUUAGACAAAGAUUUGAUAGUUCUUCUACUGCUUUUCAAGUUCUACAUGGAAUAGAUUUGUCUGGAAAAUAUGCCCUGAUUACUGGAUGUAAUGCUGGUAUUGGUUAUGAGACUGCUAAAUCCUUAGCCAGGCAUGGCUGUAACAUACUUAUGGCUAAUCGUAACAUGGAAGCCACACAGCAGGCCAUUGAGCUGAUAAUUAAGGAAGUUAAUGUAUCAGAUGAUAAUUUAAAGGCUAUACAAUUGGAUUUAAGCUCACUAAAAAGUGUAAGGAAGUGUGCUAUGGCUGUGAAAACUGUGUUUUCAGAUCAUCUUGAUAUGUUAAUAUUGAAUGCUGGAGUAUUUGGACUACCAUAUGAAGAAACUGAAGACAAACUUGACAGAACAUUCCAAGUGAACCAUUUAUCACAUAUGUAUUUUGCAAUGUUAUUAGAACCACUGCUAAGAAAAGGCUCAAGAGUUGUGUUUGUGUCGUCAGAAUCCCACAGAAUGGCAAGUUUAAAAAAUGUUUUUGUAAAACAAAAUCUGGCUCACCCGAAGGAACAGUACAGUUCAAUGACAGCGUAUGGUAAUUCCAAACUGUAUAAUGUUAUCACUGCAAAGAUUUUAAGUGAAGAAUGGAAAGACAAAGGUAUAGCAGUGAAUUCCCUUCAUCCUGGCAACAUGGUGUAUACAAAUCUGCCAAAAACAUGGUGGUUGUACCAGUUGCUAUUUACAUUAGUGCGUCCAUUUACUAAAUCUCUGCAACAAGCAGCAGCUACAACAGUCUACGUAGCAACCGCUUCUGAAUUGGAAGGAGUUACAGGACUUUACUUUAACAACUGCUUUUAUUGCGAGGAGUCCAGAUUGGCUCAGGAUAAAGAUAUUAUCAAUGAAGUGUUUGCGAUAUCCCUCGAUAUGAUAGAAGAAAGAAUGGGAUCUGAUAAUAUUGAAAAAUAUAUUUUAAAAUAUUGUACAAAGAAGAAUAAAGAU